GGGCCGGUCAUGGGCCGGAACAAGGGGAAAGCGCCCCCGCGCACAGCGAGGGCCGGGACGCCGGCCUCGGGGGAGCAGGAGUCCGGGUCUGCCAGCACUGAUGGCGAGCCCAGCCGGGAACGCCGGCCCGGCCACGACAAGGCCCGCGGGGUGACACAGGCCACGCAGCCCGCCACCGCCGGGGGCCAGGGGACCAAUGGGGGCCGCAUGAAGCCCAUCGCAAGGAGGGACAGCCGGAGCAGAUGGCCGAGGGCUGAGUGGCCACCGGAGGCCCAGGAGAGGGAAGGCAGCGCGCGGCAGGGACUGGGGUCCAAGGAGAGCCAUGAACCUGGGGACAGCUGUGGGGGGCGCCUGGAGCAGGGGAGCCUCCCCCAAGAAGAGGGGCGGACGGGCGAGCACGGCCGCCGCAGGAAGAGAGGAAAAGGGCGGGGACCCUCGGCUCGGCGGGGCCAGCAAGCGACCCAGAGUCUCGAUGGGGACACGUCGGGCGGCGACAGAGGCAGAUCCCGCCCGGACAGCGAAGCCCUGGAGGUCCAGGAGAGCAGCGGCCAGAACGGCGAGGCCCCGGAACUGCGGCCCCAGCCGGAGCCAAAGGACACGGGCUCGGAACGGACCAACGCGGGGCCGGACUCAGCGCCAGAGCCAUGCGAGCUCCCGGGCACCGACGGCCUGAGCAGCGACGAGCCCCUGGCUGAGCCCUGGGCCCCGGACAGGUCGUCGGGGACAGGGCCCCAGAGACCGAGUGCGGAUUCCGGGACAGACACGGACUCGAGUCACCGGGGGGCCGGGCCUAGACUGCGCCCAUGUGCAGCCCCAGGAACCCUGAGCCGGGCCCCUGAGCCCCAAAAGGCCGAGCCUGGCGGAAAAGCCACGGCCCCCAGGCCUCCCGAGGGCAGUGGGGACGCGCGGGCUCCUCGGGACACCGGGCAGGCCUGGGACGCGGGUGACACAGGAGCGCAGCGGGACGUUGACCCUGAAACAGCCGAGGCCUCGACGGCCCGGGCUCUGCGCCGCCGGGUCGGAAAGGUGGUGGGGAAGGUACAAGUGGCGGCGGGCGACAGCGAAGCCGCAGGGGAGGACGAGCCGGGGGACCCAGCGCCGACAGCCGCCCUCGUGGUGGUGCGCAGGCUGCGCGCGAGGCCCCCGCCGGGCCCCGCUCCCCAGGCGGCGGGUCCCCGCCGCGCCGGUCUCAAGGAGCGGCUACUGCGUGUGGUGAGGGCACUGGGCCUCCUGCGGUGGCUGCGGCUGCGGCUCGAGCCCCAGGUCACCGCGGGGCAGGGGGCGGGCGGGGGGCGGGGCCGCGGGCCGGGACUGCGGCGCCGCCUAGCGCUGCGCCUGGCGGGCGUAGCGGGGCUGGGGGGACAGCCCAAGGGUCCCCCUGGCGGCGGCUCGAGCCCCCCGCAGGCCCCGAAGAGCCCGGUCCCCGACGACCCUUCCGACCCGGAGGACCCGAGUCCAGAUCCCAAGUUCGCGGUGGUGUUCCCCAGGAUCCACAGGGCGGGGAGGGCGUCGAGCAGUCGGAGCUCUGGAGAAGCGUCCGCGGACGCCCCCCCAGGGGAGGGCCGCGUUUGGCCUCGUGCAGAGGCCGGGGGUGACAGUGAGGGACGCAGAGCGAGUGACGAAGGGGGGGCCGGGCCCCGCCGCGCCUCGAUCCUCGCCCCGACUGCCCCCGACGGGCCCCCACUCGAUGAGGGCGGCUCCAGCAGUGAAGCGGAGCCGGAGCCCCGGGCGGCUGAGACCCCGGUGCACUGGGCGCAGGGCUCAGGCCCCCGCGAGGACCCUGGGCUCGGCACGGUCGUGCUGCUGCCCCAACUCGCCUUGGAGACCCGCCUGCAGCGGGAGAGGACGCCGGGACCGGGUGGGUCCCUGAGGGAGCGGUGGGAGCCCGAGGACGAGGCCGAGGCGGCGCUGGAGAGGGACCUGGAGCUGAACCUCGGCCCCGGCCUGGAGGCGCUGCCUUUCCUCGGUGUGGAGGGCAGGGGCCUCGGAGAUGGCCUGGAGGACACUGAGGACCUGGCCCGGCUGCGACUGGUGUGUGACAGCUCCGUGCUGCUGUGCCUCAAGAAGAGGUUUCACCUGGGCCGCAUCUAUACAUUUGGGGGGCCCCUCCUGCUCUCUCUGAACCCCCACCAGCCCCUGCCUCUCUUCUCACCUGAGGUCCUGGCCAGCUACCACCCCAGGAAGGCCCCCAACACCACCCCGCACAUCUUUGCUGUCGUGGCAUCAGCCUACAGCCUGUCUCAGAGCACCGGGCAGGACCCCUGCAUUCUCCUGGGUGGGCACAGCGGCUCAGGGAAGACAGAAGCCGCCAAAAAGAUCGUGCAGUUCCUAAGCAGCCUGGAGCAGACGAGGGACAGAGGGUGUCAGCUGGAUGACGCGCUGCGCAUACUCAGCAGCUUUGGCCACGCCAAGACCAUCUUCAACGCCAACGCCAGCCGCUUCGGCCAGAUCUUACGCCUCUGCCUGCAGCAUGGGGUCAUCGUGGGAGCCUCUGUGUCACAUUAUCUCCUUGAGACCUCGAGGGUAGUGUUCCAGGCCCAGGCUGAGCGGAGCUUCCAUGUGUUUUACGAGCUACUGGCGGGGCUGGAGCCCGUGGAGCGGGAGCAGCUCUCCCUGCAGGGACCAGAGACCUACUAUUACCUCAACCAGGGCCAGGCCUGCAGGCUCCAGGGCAAGGAGGAUGCCCAGGACUUCACAGUUUUGACCAAGGCCCUGCAGGUGUUGGGCUUGUGCCCUGAGGAGUUGACCACGGUCUGGGCCGUGCUGGCCACCAUCCUGCAGCUGGGCAACAUCUGCUUCUCAUCCUCAGAGCACGAGUCCCAGGAGGUGGCUGCUGUGUCCAGCUGGGCCGAGAUCCACACAGCAGCCCGGCUGCUGCAGGUGCCACCAGAAUGCCUGGAGGGGGCUGUCACCCGGAGGAUCGUGGAGACGCCCUAUGGCCAGGUCUCGCGAUCCCUGCCUGUGGAAAGCGCCGUCGAUGCCAGGGAUGCCCUGGCCAAGGCCCUGUACUCGCGGCUCUUCAACUGGCUUCUGACGAGGAUCAACGCACGGCUGGCACCCCCUGGGGAGGGAGGCAGCGUGGACACCGUCACUGUCGUGGAUGCCUUUGGUUUUGAGGCACUGCGGGUGAACGGCCUGGAGCAACUGUGCAACAACCUCGCCAGCGAGCGCCUGCAGCUCUUCUGCAGCCGGAUGCUGCUGGCCCAGGAGGAGGAGGAGUGUCAGCAGGAGCUGCUGUCCUGGGUGCCCAUCCCUCAGCCUCCGAGGGUGUCCUGCCUGGACCUCCUGGCAGACCAGCCCCACAGCCUCCUGAGUAUCCUGGAUGCCCAGACAGGGCUGUCCCAGGCCACAGACCACACCUUCCUCCAGAAGUGCCACUAUCACCAUGGCGAGCACCCGAGCUAUGCCAAGCCCCAGCUGCCCUUGCCGAUCUUCACCGUGCGGCAUUAUGCCGGGGCUGUCACCUACCAGGUUCACAAGUUUGUAAACACAAACCGGGAUCACCUGGACGCUGCCGUGUUGGAAACACUUGGCCAGAGCCGGCUCCAGCUGGUGGGCGCCCUGUUCCAGGAGGCAGGGCCGCAGCCCCGGGGAGGCCCAGGCAGACCCACGCUGGCCGCCCGCUUCCAGCAGGCCCUGGGGGACCUCGUGGCCCGGCUGGGCAGGAGCCGCAUCUAUGUCAUCCAGUGCCUGAGCCCCAACCCUGGGAAGCUCCCAGGCUGCUUUGACGUGGGACAUGUGGCUGAGCAGCUGCACCAGGCUGGCGUCCUGGAGGCCACAGGUGCCCGCAGUGCGAACUUCCCCGUGCGUGUGCCCUUCGGGGCCUUCCUGGCCAGGUUCCGGGCCCCGGGGACAGCGGGACUGGAAGACCCCUCUGACCGGGAGAGGUGUGGCACCAUCUUGAGCCAGGCGCUGGGGGCUGAAUCGCUGCUCUAUCACCUCGGAGCCACCAAGGUCCUGCUGCAGGAGCAGGGCUGGCAGCGGCUGGAGCAGCUCCGGGCCCAGCGGUGCUCCCAGGCCCUGCUCACCCUGCACCGCGGCCUUUACUCCUGCAUCUCCCGCCAGCGCCUCCGCCUCCUGCCCCGGAUGCAGGCUCGCGUGCGUGGGCUCCAGGCCAGGAAGCGGUACCUCCGGCGGCGAGCAGCUCUGGGACAGCUGAACACCGUCCUGCUGCUGGCCCGGCCCCUGCUCUGGAGGCGGCAGAGGCUGCAGCUUGGACAUUGGUGUGGCUGGCACGGUGACAGGGCCUCAGGGAGAGCACCAAGCAUGGAGCUGGGCAGCUUGGAGAUCCCGGCAGAGCUGGCCGUCAUGCUGAAGAUGGCAGAAGGCCACCAGGACGCCCUGGCUGGGAGCAUCACCGAGUCCAUGGCCCCUGAAGUCCCUGCCCGGCCCAGCCUGACCCUCCCACCAGACAUUGACCGGUUCCCCUUCUCCAGCUUCGUCUCCAUCGGCUUCCAGGAGCCAUCCCUGCCCAGGCCAGGGCAGCUGCUGGCCAAGCCCCUGACCCGGCUGGAUGGCGAGAACCCUCAGCAUGCCCUGGACAUCAACAAGGUGAUACUGCGGCUCCUGGGGGACGGAUCCCUGCAGACCUGGCAGAGACAGACCCUGGGGACCUACCUGGUGCGGCAGGGGCAGCGCCGGCCGGGGCUGCGGAACGAGCUCUUCAGCCAGCUCGUAGCCCAGCUCUGGCAGAACCCGGACGAGCAGCAGAGCCAGCGUGGCUGGGCCCUCAUGGCCAUCCUGCUCAGUGCCUUUCUCCCCAUGCCAGCCCUGCAGAAGCCCCUGCUCAAAUUCGUGUCUGACCAGGCCCCCAGGGGCAUGGCAGCGCUGUGCCAGCACAAGCUGCUGGGGGCCCUGGAGCAGUCGCAGCUGGCGCCCGGGACCGCUCGGGCCCACCCAGUCACCCAGCUCGAGUGGAUGGCCGGGUGGCGGCAGGGCCGCAUGACUCUGGACGUCUUCACCUUCAACGAGGAGUGCUACUCGGCCGAGGUGGAGUCCUGGACCACGGGGGAGCAGCUGGCCGGGCGGAUCCUGCAGAGCAAAGGCCUGGAGGCGCCCCCCCGUGGCUGGUCCGUGUCACUGCACUCUGGAGACGCAUGGCAGGACUUGGCGGGCUGCGACUUUGUGCUGGACCUGAUUGGACAGACGGAGGACCUGGGGGACCCAGCCAGUCCCCGCAGCUACCCCAUCAGCCCCCCUGGCUCAGCCGAGGCCAUCCCCCCCGCCCCUGGUGUCCAGGCCCCCUCGCUGCCCCCAGGACUCCCUCCAGGUCCAGCCCCAGCACUGCCCGGGAGAGGACACACAGGGCACUCCAGCACCUCGGGGAGCCUGGAUGGCUUCCUGGAGCACAUUUUCGAUCCAGUCUUCUCCCCGGGCUUCAGCGAUCUGGAACAAGGCUCGGCUCUGAGUGGCCGCAUGAAGGGAGGGGGCGCCAUGGGGCCCAUGCAGCAGGGCUACCCCAUGGUGUAUCCAGGAAUGAUGCAGAUGCCCGGAUACCAGCCAGCUAUGGUCCCUCCACCGGUACCCAUGAUGCCAGCCAUGGGCGCAGUCCCUGCCAUGCCAACCAUGGUGGUACCGCCACAGCCGCAGGCGCAGCCGCAGCCCCUGCUUCCCAGCCUGGACGCGAGGCAGCUGGCGGUGCAGCAGCAGAACUUCAUCAACCAGCAGGCGCUGAUCCUGGCCCAGCAGAUGACCACCCAGGCCAUGACCCUGUCCCUGGAGCAGCAGACCCAGCAGCGCCAGCGCCAGGCUCAGGCCUUGGAGGCUCCUUCCCAGGCCCCACACUCCGCCAUCACCCCCAAGCCCAAGAAGCUCCCUGCCCGCCGGGGGGAGCCAGAGCCUGAGCUGGAAUUGGAGGGGCCCUCAGAGGAGGCUGAAGACAGGCCCUGGCAGCCCAAGAAUUUCCAGCAGAAACGAGAAUAUUUCCAGAAGAUGGGGCAGCAGCAGAUCAAGGUGAAGAUGGUGAGGCCUCCUGCCAAGGUCCAAAUCCCCCAGGGGGAGGAGCAGGAGCAGCCGGAGGAGCCGGAGGAGGAACCAAGAGCAGUGCUGUCCCCUCCUCGUGCCCCAAUAGUGAAGAAGCCAUUGAAACAGGGUGGCGCCAAAGCUGUGAAAGAGGCUGAGGCUGAGCCAGCUGAGGAGGCCGGGCCCAGCUGUGAUCCAGGGCCGGCCAGGGGCAGGGGGCCCGUGGUGCGCAGCUCGGACCCCACGACUCGGCAGCCGGAACCCAGCAGAGAAAUUCGAAACAUCAUCCGCAUGUACCAGAGCCGCCCGGGCCCCGUGCCUGUGCCUGUGCAGCCAUCCAGGCCUUUCAAAACUUUCCUGAAGAAAAAUGACCCUAAGGAUGAGGCUCUGGCCAAGCUGGGGAUCCAAGGUGCCCACUUGUCCCCUGAGAUGCUGUCCCCCAAGGGCCCUCCACCAGCUGUGGCUCCUCGACCCAAGGCCCUGCCACAGCUUGGACCCUCCAGCUCCAUCAAGGAAAAGCACAAACCCCUUCGAGACCUGUUUGGCCAGAACCUGCCCACUGCCCAGGCACCCCGACCUCCGCCAGUGCUCCCACUGCCUCUGCCCGAGGACCCAGGGGCCCCUUCAGCCGAGCCUCAUGGCCUGACGGAGCCCAUGGGGGACCAGGGCACCUCCACCCAGCUGCUCGUGCCCUCUGGCAGCGUGUGCUUCUCCUACACCAGCGCACCCUGGAAGUUGUUCCUUCGCAAGGAGGUGUUCUACCCGCGGGAGAACUUCAGCCAUCCCUACUGCCUCCGGCUCCUCUGUGAGCAGAUCCUACGAGACACCUUCGGCGAGUCCUGCAUCCGGAUCUCCCAAGAUGAGCGGCGCAAAAUGAAAGACCUGCUGGGAGACUUGGAGGUGGACCUGGACUCCCUCGCCACCGCUGAAGACAGCGUCAAGAAGCGCAUCGUGGUGGCUGCUCGGGACAACUGGGCCAAUUAUUUCUCCCGCAUCUUUCCUGUUUCGGGCGAGAGUGGCAGUGACGUGCAGCUGCUAGGUGUGUCCCACCGAGGGCUGAGACUGCUCAAGGUGACCCAAGGCCCCAGCUUCCGCCCCAACCAGCUGAAGAUACUCUGCUCAUACAGCUUUUCGGAAGUGCUAGGCGUGGAGUGCCCCCUGGGUUCCACCCUGGAGCUGUCGCUGAAGAAUGAGCAGCUGGUGCUGCACACGGCCAGGGCGAGAACCAUCAAGGCCAUGGUUGAGCUGUUCCUGAGUGAGCUCAAGAAGGACUCUGGCUAUGUCAUCGCCCUGCGCAGCUACAUCACUGAUGACUGCAGCCUCCUCAGCUUCCACCGUGGGGACCUCAUCAAGCUGUUGCCGGUGGCCACUCUGGAGCCAGGUUGGCAGUUUGGCUCUGUCGGGGGCCAUUCCGGACUUUUUCCUGCCGACAUAGUGCAGCCAGCUGCUGCUCCCGACUUUUCCUUCUCGCUGGAGCAGAAGAGCAGCCAGCACAAGCAUCACUCGCAGCUCAGGGAGCCAGGGCUGACUCAGUGGGACAGGGCCUUGGAGCGCCCCACCCGCCCCCAGAACCAGGCAAACAGUGAUGACUCAGAGGCCACCAGCCUGCCCUCCUCCACGGCCUACGCCUCUCUGUCCACUGACUCCCGUAGCUACACCAUGCUGGAAUUUGCCCUGCGCUACUUCCGGAAGCCUCAGACCUUGCUGGACCCGACAGAUGGAGGAGCUGAGGGGAAGGCCAUGGUCAGCCUGCUGCAGUUCAGCAAGGCUCACAUCCAGGAAUCGCUGCUCUGCAUCAGUGAUGAGGACACGAGCAGGCAGGCGGUGGCCGGCUUCCAGGCCCUGAUGCAGUUUAUGGGUGACCAGUCCAGGCCCCGGGGCAAGGACAAGCUGGAUCUGCUCUACGAGCUGCUGAGGCUGUGCCAGAAGGAGAGCCUCAGGGAUGAGAUUUACUGCCAGGUCAUCAAGCAGGUCACAGGACACCCCCGGCAGGACCACUGUGCUCGAGGCUGGAGCUUCCUCAGCCUCCUCACGGGCUUCUUCCCUCCAUCGACCACGCUGAUGCCCUACCUGACCAAGUUCCUGCAGGAUUCAGGCCCCAGCCAAGAGCUGGCCCAGAGCAGCCAGGAGCACCUCCAGCGCACAGUCAAAUAUGGGGGCCGCCAGCGGCUGCCCCUGCCGGGUGAAAUGCAAGCUUUCCUGAAAGGACAAACAGUCCACUUGCUUCUAAUUCACCUGCCCGGGGGUACAGAUUACAAGACAAAUAUCCGGACUUUCACGGUGGUAGCAGAAGUGCUGGAGGAGAUGUGCAGACAGAUGGGCAUCACGGAGCCCCAGGAAGUGCAGGAAUUUGCCCUCUUCCUCCACAAAGCGGAGGGCAAGCUGGUGCGGCCCCUGCGGCCCGGCGAGUACCUCAACAAUGUGGUGAUGGAGAAGGACGUGAGCCUGCACGGCCGGCGGCUGGGCUGGGAGACUCCGCUGCACUUCAACAACCCCACCUACAUCAGCACUCACUACAGCCAGGUGCGGCAGGACUACCUUCAGGGGAAGCUGAGGAUCAGUGCCCAGGCAGAUGCUCAGAUUGCCCGGCUGGCUGCCCUACAGCACCUCGGCAGGGACAAAAAGACCCCCCCCUCAGAGCAAGACCUGCUAGCUUACAUUCCAAAGCUGCUGCAAUGGGAGAUAAGUAUGACCACCAUAAAGGAUCUGAUGGGCCAGGAGCUGAGAAAGCUGCAAGGACACAGCUCCCAGGACGCACAGAUCAGCUUCAUUGAGGCCAUGAGCCAGCUGCCCCUCUUCGGCUACGCCAUCUACGUGGUGCUGCGGGUGAGCAAGCUGCCUCUGCCCGGACCCACCCUCCUGGGCCUCAACCACCAGCAUCUCCUCCUCAUGGACCCCAGCUCCCAGAAACCGCGCUGCUCUAUUGGCCUGAAGAACCUGCAGCGGCUCCGCCUGCUGAGCCCACAGGAGGAAGGGGGGCCCCCUGGCCUGGAGAUCAACUAUGGCUUGGCCGACAGCCCCCAGACCACCUGGUUUGAGCUGCCGCAGGCCCAGGAGCUGCUGUACACCAUCAUCUUCCUGCUGGACAACACCUGUUCCCUUGAGUGGCCUGGCCUCAACUGACAGUGGGGGAGAGGUGGAGACGAGGAGGAGGCCCCUCCCUGGCCCGAGUCUUACCCAGAUGGUCUGCCUGGGAUGCUGUCGGGUCAUUCUGGUUUGGAUUCACUGCUUGGCCCUGUUCUGGAACCUGACACAGCACAGCCCAGCUGGCUCAAGUGGAGGCAGGGGCUGCAACAGUGACACCAAUGGAGAAAGGAAACAGCCAGGCGCUCUCUGAGUGGGGAGGGGCCUGGGCCCAGGGUGAGGGCUAAAGGAGCUCAGCCUGGGCAUCUGAUGGUGCCCAGUCUGGGGGAGAUGCCCACCUGCCCGGGCCCCCGUCCAGGCUCCACAGUAGCACAAGUCCAGGCCUGGAAGGAGCUGCCGAGAAAAUAAAACUCCUGAGAAAAAAGG